AUGAGGAAAGGGAGAGGAGGAAGAUGGUUAGGAGAUGGUUUGAUGUUGAAGAUGGAGAUGGUGGAGGAAGGAGGGGAGGGUGGAGGAGGAGGGGAGGGUGGAGGAGGAGGGGAGGGUGGAGGAGGAGGAGUAACAAGUGGUGGAUGUGAAGGAGAAGGACGAAGCCACAUAGAAGUGCCAUAUCCAUUUUGGAAAACAUGGACAACUCCAGGCGGGCCUCUUGCGCCACCUCCGCCGCCGCCUCCAGCACUUCCACUACCUCCACUGCCACCUCCACCACUGCCACCUCCACCACUACCACCUCCACCACUACCACCUCCACCACUACCACCUCCACCACUACCACCUCCACCACAUAGCCACCUCACCACUACACUCUCACACACUACCACCUCCACCAAACAUCACACACCUCCACCACUUACCACCUCCACCACUUAA